UUAUGGCGAGAAAUAGUGAGAAACAACUCAGCUCUCUAAAUAGAUGGUUGCUGGAGAAAGAAAGGAAAGAAAAGGAAAAGAAACACCCACCACGACCAAAUUUGAGUGCUUUGAGUUCAGCAAGUGAAAUAAGGCAGUGGCUUCCAAAUCUGAAAUCUGAGCUAGAGUAUUGUCUUACUCAAAUGGGAGGAGUGAGAAAUUACACUGACAAGAAAACACGAGAGUUUGAAGAGAAAGUAGAAGCAUUACAACAGGAGUAUCAGAGGUAUUUACGUAAACUAAGGUAUUUUGAGAGUCAAGAAGGAGUGUCAACAACACACGGGAAUGUGAGACCAUACGUCAGCAAGAAAAGGCGACUAGAACUUCAGGGAAACCAAAGUGGACAGGAGAAGCUACCAGAAAUCUCUAUUCCAAAGAAGAUUGCAACUCCAUUACUUGAUGAAGAAGUGAAGGAGACUGUUCCACUGCAACCUUCAAAACAAUCAAAAUGAAGUUGAAAAUUAUCCAGCAAUAUAAUGAUUGAAUGACUUAAUUCUUAAUUAAAGUGGUGACACAUCUACUGUAGCAAUAUAUCACGUGUAUAUAUACUAAUUAAUUAAAUUAAUUAAUGUAUGUGUAUU